UUAAAAGUGAUACACAUACUGCUAAGCGUCGGCGACAGAGUUUGAUUGCUGAGAUAGAAUGUUUUCUAAUUGUUGUCAAUUACAUCAAUUAAUUAAAGUUAUUUUAAUAUAAAAAGAGGAGAAAGAUAAUUACCAGAAAGAGAUAAUUUUUAUUAUAAUGAUCUAAUCUAAAUUUACUAUAUAAUUAACUAGUGGAAUAACAUUUUUAAAAAAGAUGAAUGAUAAUAAGAAUAUGGAUAAAUAUACAAACUAUGAUAAGAUAAUAAACCAAGUAAAAGAGUCAUUAAGUAUGUCAACAGUAAAAGGAAUACCAAGAAUAAUGAAAACGAAAAAUAAAUGUAUAAGAAGUUUAUGGAUAAUGGCAACAAUUUUGGUUUUGUUCUUCGCUUGUGGUCAUAGCUAUUUGUUAUUUAAAGGAUUCUUACAAUACGGUGUAUAUACAAUCACUGAAGAAUCUUUCGAUUUAACAUUCUCCGUUGAUUAUUUUCCAUCAGUGACAAUUUGUUCAUUAAUACCAUUCGCUGAAAAUACUAAAGAAAGUAUUCCUACUUAUAGAACUUUUCACGAAUCAGUUGAAAAAAGAUUGAACGACUUAAAGAACGAAAAUCUUAGUCUCUCGGAAGGUGAGGAAUCUCUAUUAAAAAAUAUUAACAUGUAUUUUGACUGGCUUACAUUGGAAAAAGCUAAGCUUAAAGGAUACGAUAGUGAUAUAUUCGUAUUAAAGUGUAAAUUGAUGCUAUCCGGGAAUAAAGCUGCAAGAGCACCUUGUAAAAAUUUUCUAAAGAUUACUCUUGUUCAAAAUCCUGAUUUAUUCAAUUGCUUUACUUUGAAAUUCUCUCUACCAAGAUCUUCUGGAAAGUUCAUCGAAAAAGUUAUGCUAAGCCUAUUUUUAGGUAAUAUACCUUCAGAUUAUGCCUAUUAUAUUGAAAAAAACAAAGAAUUAACUGGUCAAGGAGUCAAAAUCUUUAUACACGAUAGACAAGAAAACUAUCCAAGAGUUCAUGGCCAUGGUUUAAUUGUUUCAAAAGGUGUUAAAGGUAUCCUAACAACGAGACCAAACUUGAGAAUAAGGAAAGCAGCACCGUAUACAAAUUGUCAGAAAACAAAAAAUUACAUGUACAAUUUCGCUGGAGAUUUUGUAGAUUCAAAAUCAUUUUCGUAUUGUACUUUAAAACAAUGGCAGGAUUUUAUUGUUAAGAGUAUUAAUUGUACUUUAAGCUCUCUUUUAAUCAUUUCUGACCGUAAGCAUUUAAACUUACCAAAGUGCAGGCAACUUUCUAAGUAUAUUACUAAAGAAGAAUUAUUAACGAUAGCUUAUACUAACCGUUUCCUUCUGGGAUGGAAUAGACUAGCUUCCCCAACAUCAACUCCUAGCAGUAAUAACAAUAAUGACAUUAAUAAUGAUAAUACUGCAAAAGACCAAUCGACACAAAGAAAAUGUCACGAAUCCUGCGAAGAACUUCGAUUCAAAUACACAUUUUCCUCAUUAGCAUUGGAUGAAAGAUUUUUAAUUAACCUCUACGAAUAUGCUGAUAACAAAAAAGCAAUGAAAAGCUACUUAGAGUCUUCCAAUGACUUUAAAAAAUGUCUAACUAAUUUUCAAAAUUAUACAGAAUGUUUUGAAAGAGUAUCAACAGCAUCCUAUAAAGAUCUUAUACAAUUAGAUAUUCAACAGGAUAGUCAAUCAGGAGGAAUAAUUGAAUUUGAUGUUCCACAAUUUGAAUUAGCAGAUUUUUUAGCAAAACUAGCGGCAACAGUCAAUUUUUGGGUUGGAGUUUCAGCUAUAUUUUGCAUUGAAUUAUUUGAUAUUUUACUACAAGUAAUUCUAUCUAUAGAAUUUCCGAAAUAUUAAAAGUAUAAACAAGGAAAAAUAAAGCUAUUUCACUAUUUGUUUAAGCAUUGUUUAACAUCAAUAAAUUACAA